AUGUACCAGUUACUUUCUCGCAAUGGUCUGGCAUCGGUCUGUCCAGCCCGAUUAAACACCAUAACAUUUCUACGCUCACCAGCCACCUACCGUUUCAACCACACCCAUAGCCACACCGACCUUACCAGUCACAUACAUGCACACCAGCCCUACAAAAAGACAUUUGAUACCUUGUUGGUAGCAAACAGAGGAGAGAUUGCAUGUCGAAUUAUCAAGACAGCACGCAAUAUGGGAAUCAAGACCGUAGCAGUCUACUCGGACCUGGAUGCCAACGCACGCCAUGUACAGUUGGCAGACGAAGCAUUCCAUCUCGGUCCGGCUGCAUCGUCAGAAUCGUAUCUCUCGAUUCCUCGGAUGCUAGAAGCAAUAAAGAAUACAGGGGCACAGGCAGUUCACCCAGGGUAUGGUUUCUUGAGCGAAAACCCGGGGUUUGUACUGGCCCUAGAACAACAGGGUGUUACAUUCGUCGGCCCAACCGCAAUGGCAAUUGGAGCAAUGGGAGACAAAAUCCAAAGCAAGCUUCUGGCAAAGGCAAGUGGUGUAAAUUGUAUCCCUGGUUAUGAUGGAGAAGUGUUUUCGGUUCAAGAAGCAACAUCUGUUGCCCAUACCAUUGGUUACCCCGUCAUGGUUAAAGCGAGUGCAGGGGGAGGCGGCAAAGGAAUGAGAAUUGCUUGGAAUGAUAUAGAGCUAGCGGAUGGUUUCAAGCUAGCCAAACAGGAAGCACAGUCCUCGUUUGGCGAUGCUAGACUGUUGAUUGAAAAGUACAUUGAUCAACCUCGCCAUAUUGAAGUCCAGGUCCUCGGAGAUAAUUUUGGGAAUGUCAUCUAUCUUCCCGAGAGAGAGUGCUCAAUACAACGUAGGAACCAAAAGGUGAUUGAAGAAUCGCCAAGUGCAUUUGUGGAUGAAGUUACACGGCACAAGAUGGGAGCACAAGCCGUCGCUUUGGCUAAACAUGUCAACUACAAUUCUGCUGGUACGGUAGAGUUCUUGUUGGAUUCACAAAAGAAUUUUUACUUCUUGGAAAUGAACACUCGCCUGCAGGUCGAGCACCCUAUUACAGAAUAUGUAACCGGACUUGACCUGGUAGAACAAAUGCUGUACUCUGCUGCUGGCCAUCCUCUGGCCAUCAGUCAAAAGGAUGUUCAGAUGCAAGGUUGGGCUGUCGAGUCUCGUGUGUAUGCAGAGGACCCAAUAAACUAUCUCCCAUCCGUGGGUCGUUUAUUGACCUAUCAGGAACCAACAAUCACACCACAUGUGCGAUGUGACUCUGGGUUUAUAGAAGGAUCAGAAGUGCAUGUAGAGUAUGAUCCUCUUUUAUGCAAGCUGGCCACACACGCCCCUACUCGUCAAGGUGCGAUUGAAACAAUGAUCGAUGCCCUGGAUAAUUAUGUGAUCCGUGGCGUCACUCACAACAUUCCGCUCCUACGAGGAGUCAUGGCUCACCCUCGCUUCCAAGACGGACAAUCGAUCACCACCCAGUUCUUGGCAGAUGAAUAUCCUGGUGGAUAUAGCCGCCCACCGAUGACAGAGCAGGAUCAACAUGGUCUCUUUGCCCUCAGUGCUGCUGUUUGGGCCAAAAAGGAAUAUAGCCGGUGGGGCAAAAAGGGAGGACCGUCUUCAUGGGAUGUUUGGGUGCAGGUCACUCAAGACCAAACUAAUACAACUACUGAAGCAAGACUAGAGAUCAAGCGAGGACCCGAUAAUGCUUUUGAGAUUACAUCGCCACUUCAUGACACUUGGACUCUGUCAACACGCUGGCCGCUCGAUGGACUCCUGGCCCACGCUACCGUGCAAGAGACAGGUCACAAAAUGGUGUUACAGUAUCUUGAUCGACUAGACAGUGGAUUCCGGAUACAGUACCAAGGCAGUAAAUAUAAUGUCAAUGUGUUGACAGAACGCCAACGACAGUUGUCAAAACUUAUGAAGAAGAAGGAAAGGGAGCCUACUUCUAAGGUUGUUAAUAGUCCUAUGCCUGGAAAAAUCAUUAGUCUCGCAGUAAAAGAAGGAGAUGAGGUGAUUGAAGGUACAGAGUUGGCUGUAGUGGAAGCCAUGAAAAUGCAGAAUAUUCUGCGUACUCCUCGGACGGGUACGAUCAAGAAGAUACAUGUCCACCCAGGAACCUCUGUAAAAACAGGGCAACUCUUGAUUGAAUUCCAAGAUGCCGUAAUUGAUUGUUGAUUUCAAUAAAUAUACACAAAAUACGCGCACGU